AUGAAGACCAUCGCUUUCUUGUGCAUUCUCAUCGGAUGCACCAUCGCAAUGCGUCAACAGGCAGUUGCGAUUUCCGGACGUCUCAUGUGCGGAAACAAGCCGGCUUCCGGAGUCAAAGUUAAGCUCUGGGAUGAAGAUGACGGACCGGAUCCGGAUGACGUUCUAGAUGAAGGAUUCACCCGAAACGAUGGAUCUUUCUCACUCGCGGGAUCGGAACGCGAAUUGACUAACAUCGAUCCUGUCUUCAAAGUCUACCACGACUGCGACGAUGGAAUCAAACCUGGACAGCGCAAGGUCAAAUUCCGCAUCCCAGACUCGUACAUCUCGGCUGGAGGUCGUGCUCAACGUGUCUUCGACAUUGGAGUUCUCAAUCUUGAGACCAUUUUCCCAAAAGAGGAACGCGAUUAUUUCUAA